AUGUACAGCUCCUCUGCCGAGUUCCCCACCGCGGGUCCUCUCUUUGGGAAGGAAACCUGCCGAGGAUUAGCGGACAAGAGCUUCGAGAAACGCAGAAUUGCAGCGCAGGCGUUGCAGCAACUCAUCAAGCAGCAGGUCCUGGAGGCAGCCAACGCUGCUGCACCCGAAGCAACGCCGGAUGCCGCGGCCGACACGCCGACUCCAGGUCAGCUGCAACAGCAACUGCAGCAACAGCAAAAACAGCAGCAUCAACAGGCGACUCAGGCGACGGUGCAGAAAGCAAUCUCUGCGCUUACGGCGGACUUCUUAUCGAGCCCCAUCGCCAACAUCCGCAAGGGAGGCCUUUUAGGGGUUGCCGCUGUGGGCUUGGCCUUCGAGAGUCUGUUCAAUUUACUGAAGGCAGCGAGAGGUCUGUGGCUGCAGUUUUUGCCAGAGCUAUUCGAUGGACUAUGCAAGCUCUGCGGUGACGUGGACCGCGAGGUGCGUCAGGGCGUGGGCUUCGUCGACAGCCUGUUGAAAGAAGAGACGGCAGCCGCAGCGUCAGCAGCAGCAGAAGCAGCGGCUGCCGCUGCUACAGCGGCGGCCGCUGCAGGGGUUUCUGUGGCAGCGGCAAAGGCAGAAGCAGCAAACAAAGGGCCAAUCACGCCAGCCUUCAUACACUUGCUUGUCGAACGCCUCCUCGUCCGUAACCCUUACAUCAAACUCCUGGCGCUUUCGUGGAUUUCUCUGCUGGAAUCGAACACAGGUGAACUUCUGCUUCUGCCACUGCAGUUGCUAGUGGUGUUCGUUACUACCGUAUUGCCAGACAUUCGCCAAGCUGCGGAUUUGUGCGUCACCAACUUUUUAGAGGAUCUACGGUCGGAUCCAGUUGACACGGAUCCAAUCGUAGUGACACAGACUGCAGAAGUGGUCCUCCGGUGCAGCGAUAGCAGCAACAGUUCCUUUACCCAGUUGACGGCGUUGGUGUGGCUGCACGAGCUGCUGCUGCUGCUGCUGCCAGACGAAGGACAGCAACAGCAUCGGCAACAGCAGGAAGACCUUCUGCCUCAAACGCCGGCCACUCGAUGGCAUUUGGAGGUUCAGAAACACCUCAAGAUGCGGUCAAUGGUGCAGCCACUCGGCUGCAGAAUGUUGCAGAGCAUACUGCGCUGCGCCGCGGAGUCUGAAGAAGAGAUCGCUCGAAUGGGCGCAGAAGUGCAUGCGCACGUCAUCGCCAGGGUGCUAGUCUCGACUGCUGCACUAGAUCUUUCUGACUUCGUGAGGAGCGCCGCAGAGUACUUGUGUACGUACACCCCGUCAGGACUAACAGCAGCAGCAGCGGCGACCGCAGAAAAUGCUGGCGCUGCAGCUGCUGCUGCAGGCGGCGACGUGCGCCCUUUGUGUCUCCAGUGGAUGGAGUUGAUGCUGAUAGAGAAGCCGCACCUGUUACUUGUGGGGAGCGAAGAGGACCGGAAGAAGCAACGGCAGGAAAGUCAGGAGCAGAACGGCGUGAAAUUGAGCAAGCGUUUUCUGAAGAAGCAGCAGCACAGCAGAGAUCUGAGCGAAGAGGAUACCCAAAGCCUCUUACUAGAGAAGCAGCAGCCCCUAGUAGCUGCAGUGCUGCACACAGCACUGACAGCCGAGGGAACGGUUGCUCCUACUACUGCUGCAUCAACGACACCAGCGGAAAGACCAGCAGCGCCUUCACAGGAGGCACCGAGCCGACAACAGUCAACGGGGACGCCAACGGAUGGGUCCGGGUCGGGCACGCCAGAACCAACAACAGCUGCAGCAACACGGACAGCAGUGGCAUCAUCCAACCACUUGCUGCGAAUGUCGCUGUCGGUCCUCAGUCGUUUUGUGCAGCGCGGCGACGCAAAUCUCCGCAUGGUGUCGGAAGAGCUGUUGUCCCUCUUCAGCUCGAAUCGUUGUCUCCUUGACAGCCGGGGCCACUUUGUUCUGCGGCAGCUGUGCACCAUGAGGAAUCCCUGUGAGGUGUACAUACACAUGGCGAAGCAGAUGGAGCGUCACUAUGCCGCAGCAGCUGCUGCUGCGCGAACGCGAUCACCAGGAGAUUCCUGUGCUGAAGCCUCACCAGAGGGGUGCUCUAGCGCCGCAGUAGCAACAACAGCGACACCCGCAGCCGCCGUAGCCUCAAUAGCGGCAACUGGAGAGCAUAGCCCGAGAUCUCGAGACGAGGAGCCACAAGCUACACAGCCCCGACCCCCCGACGGCACAGCAGAGCAAACGCUGCAGUUCCUGCACCAGAUAGUUCAGGCCCUGAGCAUCGAUCUGUUUAGUGCCAAGGAAACGCAAGCCAUUCGUCAGGAGCUGCGCAGAGCCGUGCGGCUUGUCGUUGCUUAUCGCGCAGAUGACAACAAAAUGUUUGAGGCUUUGUUGCCUACCUGGGCGCACAACACGGUGUGGCUGAUAGCGCUUUCUCUUUAUGGGGGCAAAUAUGACGUUGCUGCGGAGCUAGUGAAGAUGCUCAGCAGCGAAGAUUCUCUCUCUGACCUGGAUAUGCUGCAGCUGGAGCAGCUGGUCCUGUUGCUGGAGAGCAAACCCUUUGCUUCGCUGCGCAUGCGGCUGCUGCAGCAGCCAGUAGAUCCGCACCUUAUUUCCGCAAUUCGAGGUCUAGGCAUGCUGCUGCCGCAAGGCCCUGCUUUCUCUCUGCUCUACCGGCGACUGCAGCUCGCUUCCCCUUCUGGUGGCUGUUGCUGCAGCUCGGAAACCAGGGAGGAUACAGUCUCCCAGGCUGAGUCCCUCGUGCCGCUCGCCUUGUCAGUGGCUGGCACUGCACGGAAGCAUUUUCACGGGGAGCUGUCAAGUGCGGAUGUGCCUAAGACAGUAUUUCUUCCCGACGCAGUGGAUUGUAGCACGCGAAGCGUCGCAAAGCCCUCUAUAAAUUCUCCCGUAGUGUCACUUGCUUCUGUUGAGAAGCUGCAGAAGAUAAGUUCCCUCGAGUCUCUCGAGGCUGCUUUGGACGAGGCCCUCACCGAGCACGGGAGCAUUCUUAAAGCCUUCCCCUCUAGGGAAAGCGAUGCCUAA